CGAAGCCCGAGAGCCAAUCCAAAAGGUUUCAAGUUGGCAGCAUCACAGGCCAUGGCAAGUCGGAGUUGAUGAUCCCUCACAUAUUAGAGUCAAGUUCAGGUUCAGAUUUCCACCAAUGAUGCACGGCAUGCAGUUCGAUUCAUAUCAGAGAGGAGUCAGAGGACCUCAAAUUCAUUGGAAGUUUUCCAGGGAAGGAGGAGUUCUUUGCAGGUCGGAGAAUCAACCCAUUAAUUUUGGCAGGGCGCCUAGGAAACGGACAAGGAGGCAGCUCGGGCGGCAGUGGGGCUCCUCGCCCUUCUGCGGAGCGCAAUACGAAGCUGCAGAGUAAAGCAACCACCACAGGGAGGCUCAAAUCGAGUCGCGGAGAUAUCAAAAGGGAGCGGUGCAGCUUUGCUCCCCGGCGGCUGUCGUGUCCAUGGGCGGAGGCGCUUCGAGGUGGAGGAGAGCGGCGAAGCGGAUCGGCUUCCCCUGCGGCGCUUCCUUCUCCAAUGACAUUCCUCCAAGAACAAUCUCAAGCUCGGCCGUCGGUUUGAAAACGGAGGAUGAAGAAGGAAAGCCUGGGGAAGGGGGAACAGGAUUAAAAGGUGCUUAUGAUAAGAGAUUGUGCCCCAUUUGCUUGGAGCCUCUUAGCUGUGGCGAUGGAAGUGCAGACCCUGCGAGCAACCAAAAGAUCUUCACCGCUCAAUGUAUGCAUGUUUUUCACUUUCCGUGCAUUGCAUCCAACGUUCGGCACGGCAGUGUCACAUGCCCCAUCUGUCGGGCACAAUGGUCGCAGCUCCCGCGAGAGUUAACCAUACCCUCCAUCAACAACUCCGAUCCCAUUCUCCGUAUCUUGGAUGACUCAAUUGCCACUUCCCGCUUCAACCGUCGAUCCUUCCUCCAUACCACUCGCUACAAUGAUGAUGACCCUGUUGAAUUUGAAGCUACCACUGAAGCCGGUAACCGCCGCCUCCGCCUUACCAUCAUUCCUGCGCUACCACGAACAGCUUUGUCUCCAAGGCAGAACACUUCGCCGAAUAGGCAGAAGAGGGCUUACCUAUCGGUAAAACUCUCUUACCAACAGGCAACUGAUCUUGUUCUCGUCGCAAGUCCAAACGGUCCUCAUCUUAGGUUGCUCAAGCAAUACAUGGCCCUUGUUGUAUUCUCUCUUCGGCCAAUUGACAGAUUAGCAAUUGUCACCUACUCGACCACUGCCACUCGUGCGCUUCCUCUCCGUCGGAUGUCUUCUCAAGGGAAGCGGGCAGCACUACAAGUCAUCGACCGCAUAUUCUACCUCGGUGAAGCUGAACCUGCUGAAGGUCUCCGCAAGGGCCUCAAGAUACUUGAGGACCGGACGCACCACAAUCCACUGGCUAACAUCCUCCAUCUCUCGGAUAGCCCAACCCGAAGCUACGUAUGCAGGGAUCUGCAAUUCCCUAUCCCCAUUCACAGAUUCCAUAUCGGUUUUGGAUUUGGAAUGUCCAAUGGGUUGGCGAUGCACGAGUUUGAGGAGUUCUUAGCUAGGUUGCUUGGAGGCACGAUAAGGGAGACCCAAUUGAGGAUAGGAGCUGAAGGUGGGUGGAUAUCGUUGGGAGACCUGAGGGGUGGGGAAGAAAAGAGGAUUCCACUGGACUUGGCCGAUGACUGUGGGUUCCUUUCCGUUAACUAUAGCUACGUUGAAGGAGGUGCGGAACAAAGGCUAAGCACAGGAGAAGUGGUGGUUGGAACAGAGAAAAAUGACCAAAAUGAUGGCCGUCAGUCUGAGAUUGGAGGGAGCGAUCCCGGCAUCAGCACAGGAAGUAGUGACUCUAUCCAGAGGUGGGGGUACCUUGAUCCAUUCAUGGCUCGAAGAUGGGCAAAGCAUCUGCACGGAUGUAAGGCAUGAUCAUGUUAAUAUGUGUUUGCAGCUGUAAGAAGGCUCCAGUUCAGAUGCCGGAUCAGGUUCAUCAGUCGAGUUACUUGAAAGACUCAUCUCGACUCUCAUAGAUCGCCAUGGUUUUGGACAUCGAGAUCCUCAUCUUUGCGCAUCACCGCAUGGUCUAUCAUCGCUGUGUAAGAAGAUACUUUGAUAUUCUUCUAUUCUUUUUUCGCCUCUUCCUGACACCAUUUUUAACUAUCAACAGUGUGGAUAUUGGUCUGUUUAAACUUGUUUUAAAGCAGUAAUGAUUUCCUUCCAAGUUGUGGCAGUGUAUUUUGAAUA